AUUUUAAAGAUGGUUUCAAGACAAGAUUCUUUUAUAUCAGUUAAUUCAUUUCAAACAAAUAGAGAAACAAGUACUUCAGAUAUUGUUGAUUCAUCUCAAGAUUUAAAUGAAGAACCAAAUUUGAGUAGUAUUUCUAAUAUUACUAAUUCAAGAUCCUUAUUUUAA